CCCUUAAACCCUAGUAGAGUCCAACUGCUUUUAUUUUUCCAACUGCCGUCUGCUCUACCUCUUUUGACUCCGUUCCUAUGGCUUUCGCUUCCAGAUUCCGCCGCAUCUUCACCGGCCCCUCCCCUCUUUGUUAUCAGUUCGCUUCGGUUCGUCUGAAUUCGACUCUAACUUCCCCGAAGCUCUUUAUCAGCGGUCUUUCAAGAGAAACAACAGACGAACAGUUUAAAGAGGCAUUCACUCCAUUUGGCCAGAUUGUUGAAGCCAAAGUCAUAAGAGAUAGAGCCACUGGAAGGUCAAAGGGAUUUGGUUUUGUUACAUAUACAGCCAUCGAACAAGCUGAGAAGGCUAGAGAAGAAAUGAAUGCCAAGUUCUUGCAUGGAUGGGUUAUUUUUGUAGACCCUGCCAAACCAAGGGAACCCAGAUCUCCACCUAGAUCAGAAUCUGAGUCGUCUGAAUUUGGUUUCAGAACAAACAAAACUGUUGGAUGGUCCGGGUAGUUGAGACGAACGAGGACAGGGCCAUGGAGGGAUUUAUUUGAAGGCUAAGAUACAUAUAUUACCUUAUAUUUUAGCAAAAGAAGUUGAAUCAAUGAUUUAUUCAUUCUGGGAUGGGGAAAACUGUUACCCUGUUUUGUACUGAACUCAUUCUGUUAUCCUUCUUGGAGCUGUUAAUUGUACUGUGCUAAAAGUUCAAUAGGUACAUGCAAGCAUUCAAACUCA